UGGAGUAUUGUUGUGCUUUUCCCUAGUUUUAGACAGUGAUGGAAGAUUUCUAUUUAAGAUUUUACGUCGGUCAUAAAGGAAAGUUUGGUCAUGAAUUUUUGGAAUUUGAGUUUAGGCCGGACGGAAAACUUCGCUACGCUAAUAAUUCCAACUACAAAAACGAUACGAUGAUUCGCAAAGAAGUGUACGUGAGCACAGCGGUCCUCGGCGAGUUGCGGAGGAUUAUAGUCGAGAGCGACAUUAUGCAGGAGGACGAUAAGCAGUGGCCCCUCCCCAACGCAGUGGGCCGCCAAGAACUCGAAGUUGUCUUAGAAAAUGAGCACAUCUCGUUUUCCACUGCGAAGAUUGGCUCGGCAGCGGAUUGCGAGGAAAGCCAGGACCCCGAAGGCCUGCGCGCUUUUUAUUAUCUUGUUCAAGAUCUGAAGUGUUUCGUCAUCUCUUUGAUUUCGCUUCAUUUUAAAAUUAAGCCCAUUUAGUU